AUGUUGGCAGAAAUGUUCGCGUUUUUCCGAGCUAUCAUGAUGGAUGCAGGGCGGCGCAGCACAGGCGUCUCGGCGACGAACCUGCACGUGCUGGACCGGCCGUUGAGCCGCGGCAAGAGUGAGGUGAGUCUCAGCGCCUUCUCCUUCCUCUUCUCCGAGAUGGUUCAGUACUUCCAGGGCCGCGUGCAGAACAUUUCAGACCUGGAGAACCGUCUCGAUGGUGCAGGAUUCGGUGUGGGUGUGCGCGUCGUGGAGCUUUUGUGCCACCGCGAGAAAUCUGGACGAAGAGAGACGCGUCUGCUGAACAUGCUACAGUUCAUCGUGUCUACAUGCUGGAAGGCACUUUUCGGCAAGGCUGCAGAUGCGCUGGAGCGCAGUACGGAGAACGAGGAUGAGUACAUGAUCCACGAGUUGGAGCCUCUAACCAACAAGUUCGUGUCGGUGCCGCCCGACCUCGGCCAAUUGGACUGCGCCGCCUACAUUGCCGGUAUUGUGCGUGGCAUCCUGUGCAGCAGCGGCUUCCUGGCGGAGGUCACAGCGCACACAGUGGAAGUUCCAGGCGGACAGAGAGACAAGACGGUGUUCCUAGUCAAAUUCGACGAGAGUGUCAUCCGUCGUGAACGAGUACUGACAUAAGAAGAAUAAGUGGAAACGUUAAAUAGACCACAGUGGUCCUACUUAGAAAUGGGUUAGAAACGCGCUAUCUAAUGGGACAUACGGACGUCUUCCAUAGCGCUGCUGGCUGGUGGCUGUCCCCACGUGGCGUAGUCGGCGCGUUCGCUGGCCUUGUACUCGUCCACCAAAUUCUGCACCACUUCACGUGCAUUGUCGAACUCGUCCAGGUUUUCCGCGAACAUUGGCUCCUUCCGGUAGUUCUCAAUGAAAGCUCCAUGUUUCUUAAGGCGGUCAUACUGCAGUAGUAGCUUGUGGAACAAUGCGCCG